GUGGACACACGCAAACAGAGAAGGAGAAGAUUUCAACUCCAAGCACUGAUCGCAGCUCUCGUGGACACACGCAAACAGAGAAGGAGAAGAUUUCAACUCCAAGCACUGUGAACAUGUCUGGAGCUGUUCUAGUAGGAGAUCAGCUCAUCCUUGAGGAGGAAUAUGACGAUGACUAUCCUCCCUCUGAACAAGAGGUUAGAGAUUAUGCUAAAGAGAUUGGCAUUGACCCAGACACUGAGCCAGAGCUUAUGUGGUUGGCCCGCGAGGGAGUUAUUGCCCCUUUGCCCAGUGGCUGGAAACCAUGCCAAAAUGUAACUGGGGACAUUUACUAUUUCAACUUCUCCACGGGACAGUCGUCAUGGGAACAUCCAGGUGACGAAAACUACCGCAAUCUUGUGAUCCAGGAACGAGAGAGAUGUAAACAGGCAGCGAGUUCAGGAGGAGCCAAAAAGGACAAAAAAGAAAAGAAAGUGAAGGAGAAAAAGAAAGUGAAGGAGAAGAAAAAGAAGGAGGACUCUUUGGGCUCUGCUUUGAGACCCCUCACGUCUCCACUUGGGGGGCUGGCUCCUCUCCGGGGUCUAGACGCCCCGGGACUUGGACCGCUGGGGUCUGUCCCGCCUCUGAGACGGCCUCUGGGGAGUGCAGGGGGGCUAGAGCCACUCAAGACUUCCCUCGGGGAUCCCAGAAGCAGUGGUGUGUCCAGUGUUUUGGGCAUGAGACAUGAAGAGAGAGUGUCUUUAAAUUCACUUGGUUUGGAUGAUGAAGAGGACGAUGAUGAAAAUAAGGUACGUUAACAUUUGCCUUUAACAAGAUUCUGUUUAAAAUGUGUAUUAGGUUUGAUCAGCCUGAACAUUUUACAACAGAGUCGAAAUGAUUCAGACCGUCCACUGAAAAACCUCCAUUUGAAUAUAGAUGAUCUUGGAAGUGGCCUACAGUAUGAGGACAGUGAAGGCAGUGCAGAAGCUCCAGAGCCAGAGUUACAAAAUCUUGCCCUUUCUAGAGACCUUAGCCCAGAGCCACCUUCACAUCAAAAUGUCACGCCUCAAUUGNACUUCUCCACGGGACAGUCGUCAUGGGAACAUCCAGGUGACGAAAACUACCGCAAUCUUGUGAUCCAGGAACGAGAGAGAUGUAAACAGGCAGCGAGUUCAGGAGGAGCCAAAAAGGACAAAAAGAAAAAGAAAGUGAAGGAGAAAAAGAAAGUGAAGAAGAAAAAGAAGGAGGACUCUUUGGGCUCUGCUUUGAGACCCCUCACGUCUCCACUUGGGGGGCUGGCUCCUCUCCGGGGUCUAGACGCCCCGGGACUUGGACCGCUGGGGUCUGUCCCGCCUCUGAGACGGCCUCUGGGGAGUGCAGCGGGGCUAGAGCCACUCAAGACUUCCCUCGGGGAUCCCAGAAGCAGUGGUGUGUCCAGUGUUUUGGGCAUGAGACAUGAAGAGAGAGUGUCUUUAAAUUCACUUGGUUUGGAUGAUGAAGAGGACGAUGAUGAAAAUAAGAGUCGAAAUGAUUCAGACCGUCCACUGAAAACCCUCCAUUUGAAUAUAGAUGAUCUUGGAAGUGGCCUACAGUAUGAGGACAGUGAAGGCAGUGCAGAAGCUCCAGAGCCAGAGUUACAAAAUCUUGCCCUUUGUAGAGACCUUAGCCCAGAGCCACUGUCACAUCAAGAUGACAGUAUAAACAGUGAUGCUUCCUCCUUCACACAUAACAAGAAUCUGGGAGAUAUAAAAGACCUCUUGAGCUCAAUUAGUCCAUCAUUAGAGAAAAAGGCUGCUGAAACCAGGCCAAAGCUGAAGGAGGCACCUGCUCCCAGAGUGGAUCGUCUGAAGCUGCAUCAAUCGAGUCCUUCUCCUACAUUUUCCGACUCCUCUCAUUCAACACAAAAGACCACCUCCUCCCCAAAAACACUGAUCUUGGGGUCUUCCAUUGGGUUUAAGAGACCUGAAACUUCAAGGGGCCGCCCAGGACCAAGUCAAGAUACAAAGCUGUCCAUUCAAAGCCGAGAGAAGAAAGAUGAGCCUAUUGAGAGACAUGAACACACGUCAGAUCGUGAGGAACAGGAGGAGAGAGAGAAACUGAUGAAGGAAAAACAAAAGAGGAUUCAAAAACUUCAAGACGAACUGAAGAGACAAGAAGAAGAGGAGGAGAGGAGGCUAAAGGCUGAGAGUGAGGAGAGACUGAGGAUGCUACGCGAGUCACUGGUAACAAAAAGAAAAGAGGAAGAAGCCAAACUUAAAGACGAGUCUGAAAAAGUUCUGGAGGAGCUCAGAGCAUCUGUACGAGCCCACUGUGAGGAGCAGGAACAAAACAUCAGGCAGGAGAGAAAAGCCAUCCUCACAAACCUCCAGACUGAAUUAGAAGAGGAACAAGAGGCAGAGAGAAAGAAGCUUGAAGUCAAAAAGAAGCAGGACCUGGAGCGACUGAAGGUUGAGACUGAAGAGGAGAUAGAGGAGGAGAAAGAGAGACUUCAGAGCAACAAAGAGAAGAGACUCAGCGCCCUCAGACAAGAGGUCAAAAGCACUGGAGAAAAGACAGAUGUUGCAAGUUCCAAACCUGAACAACAUCUGUCUGAAUACCGUAGGGAGCUGUCGGACGUGCUGCAGGAAGUGAGAGAGGAGGAGGAGCGAGAGCACCGGAGGAAGAUGGAGCAGCUGAAGGAGGCGCAUAGGAGAGAGAUUGAUGACAUCAGAGAGAAAUACAGGAACGAGGAGAGCCUUGAGAGGGAACGUAUGAUGAUCAGACUUAAAGACGAAAUACACCAGUUGGACGCGUCUCAUGGUCUUGAACUGGAGAAAAUCAGAAUACAGCACAAUGUUCAGAUCGAGAAAAUACAAUUGGAAAACGCACGCAAGGAGAAUGAACUUAGAGACUUGUCAGAUGAGUUGGAGCUACGGACCGGCCGACUGCAGAGCCAGGAAGCUCUGCUGCAGUCCAAGGAAGAAGAUUUGAACAGAAGGAGGAAAAGUUUGGGAGUGGAGGAACAGGAAGUGGACAGACAGAUAGAGGACAGUGAAGGCAGUGCAGAAGCUCCAGAGCCAGAGUUACAAAAUCUUGCCCUUUCUAGAGACCUUAGCCCAGAGCCACCUUCACAUCAAAAUCUGGGAGAUAUUAAAGACCUCUUGAGCUCAAUUAGUCCAUCAUUAGAGAAAAAGGCUGCUGAAACCAGGCCAAAGCUGAAGGAGGCACCUGCUCCCAGAGUGGAUCGUCUGAAGCUGCAUCAAUCGAGUCCUUCUCCUACAUUUUCAGACUCCUCUCAUUCAGACACAAAAGACCACCUCCUCCCCAAAAACACUGAUUUGGGGUCUUCCAUUGGGUUUAAGAGACCUGAAACUUCAAGGGGCCGCCCAGGACGAAGAACAGGAGGAGAGAGAGAGAAACUGAUGAAGGAAAAACAAAAGAGGAUUCAAAAACUUCAAGACGAACUGAAGAGACAAGAAGAAGAGGAGGAGAGGAGGCUAAAGGCUGAGAGUGAGGAGAGACUGAGGAUGCUACGCGAGUCACUGGUAACGAAAAGAAAAGAGGAAGAAGCCAAACUUAAAGACGAGUCUGAAAAAAUUCUGGAGGAGCUCAGAGCAUCUAUACGAGCCCACUGUGAGGAGCAGGAACAAAAAAUCAGGCAGGAGAGAAAAGCCAUCCUCGCAAACCUCCAGACUGAAUUAGAAGAGGAACAAGAGGCAGAGAGAAAGAAGCUUGAAGUCAAAAAGAAGCAGGACCUGGAGCGACUGAAGGUUGAGACUGAAGAGGAGAUAGAGGAGGAGAAAGAGAGACUUCAGAGCAACAAAGAGAAGAGACUCAGCGCCCUCAGACAAGAGGAGAGCCUUGAGAGGGAACGUAUGAUGAUCAGACUUAAAGACGAAAUACACCAGUUGGAGGCCUCUCAUGGUCUUGAACUGGAGAAAAUCAGAAUACAGCACAAUGUUCAGAUCGAGAAAAUACAAUUGGAAAACGCACGCAAGGAGAAUGAACUUAGAGACUUGUCAAAUGAGUUGGAGCUACGGACCGGCCGACUGCAGAGCCAGGAAGCUAUGCUGCAGUCCAAGGAAGCCCAAAUUGUGGGUGAUCUGCAACAGACAGUUCAAAAAGGUAUCUCACUUCUACAGAGAAAAGAGGAGAAACUUCAGCAUUUGGAGAGCUCCUUGACCAAUAAGCCUUUGUUUGAAAAUACUUCUCGAAUACCUGAAAGAACUGUGACUUUUGAUGUGAGUGAGUCAGAUGUGAGCAGCACUGUGGACCCACCUUUCACCAGAGAUCAGGCUGCAGUCCCACACAGAGUCCAGGACCUGGUGGAGUCCCUGCAGGAGUCCCUGCAGGUGAUUUCAGGGCAGUUGAACACGGCGGUGGGAGUGCUAGGUUCUUUAGAUCAAAGACCAAACCCCGCCUUCUCUCUACCUCAGCCCGGGCUGGACUUCAGCACAGCCCACAUGAGGCGUUCACAGAUGUCUGAAAACUGGGCACCGCCACCUCCAAUGUUCAGCUCCACUGUCAACACUGGACUGAAGACCUCAGAGGACCUCAUCAACAGCAGAUGGAGGCAGAUAUUUCCUGGAGCAGCAAUGGGGCCAAGUGUUUCUAAACGUAGCACCUCCUACUCUUCUCACACUCCUCUCAGUCAAAGCAACUGGAGCGCCCCCUACAGGCAGAGCACCACAGAGGCAGACGGACACAGACUUCAGGACUUUAUUGACAGUAACAAGAGGUGGCUCGAGAGCCGACGCAAAGACACCAACAUACCUUUAUUGACUCGAUAUCGUCCUGCGACAAACGGUGGUCUGAUUCAGCUCGGUUUGGACAACAACAAUGAGAUAUGAGUUUUCCAUUACUGA